CUUCUGCUUACGCUCCGCCUUGUCUCCUACUAUACGAUAGUUCUGACCUGCCAGGAGGAGGAAGUACGUUUGGGUUUUCACAGACUCGCCUUUAAGAACAGGCAGAAUCACAGACGGGCUGCAAAACUAAGGCAUUUCAGAAAGGAGGCAUGAUAGUAAGAGAGAGAAAGCAUAGACAUGGAAGGAACUGGAGACUUCCAGGCACUUCGAGCAAAGUUUCAAAAUGAUUCCAAUUUUUCUAGUGCUUUGCUGCAACCUGCAAAGAAAUCUCCUUCAAGACUCAUGUCAGGGCAAAGUACCAGCCAUGCAUGCCCAACCAAACCCAAGCCCUUGUGCAGAGUGCGUAUUCCAGAUCCUGAGCAAAAGAUUGAGUCCACAUCACAGAAGUCUGGAAUAGCACAAAUAAAGCCUGUAGCAUUGCCAAGGGUCAAGCUUCAUGAAUUGUCUGAAGUUCCUACAAAUGAAGAUAAAAAAGGCAAAAAUUUGCUGGAGACCCUUAGUGCAGAGACUGCACCCGUGUUAGGUUCACCAAAACAGCACUCAACAUCUUAUCUUCAUUCCGGAGAAGAUUCGGUGGCAAAUAGUUCUUUCCGCCACACUUUGUAUAUCUGGGAGAAUGCUUUCUCUUGUAAUGACCAAAAGCAUUCUAUGCUACCACUGCGACAUGCAAAUAAAGAAGCAUCCAUGGCACAACCGAAAAGCGAUGUUACUGUCAUUGAAGAAGACAGAGCAAAAAUAACUGGAAAUAAGCAAGGACUAGUAUUUGCUGCAUCAACAAAUCCUCCUCCUUUACAUAGUGAGCCUGUUCCUUUUUCUACCAUCACACCACCCGUUCCCCCAAGAAGUUAUACAAGCUUGGAGAAAAGAGCACAUGAAAUCAUUAAUGUUACUGGUUCCACUGAAAACGCUGAUGACUCUGCCAUGCCAAAAAAACAGCACUGUCUCAAAGAGGUCAAAGUUCCAAAAAACAAAUCACUUCCUUCCAUUGUGUCACUUGGCCUACCUCCAAAGAAACCACCAAGACCUCCUAAGGUGGAUCUCAGUGCCUUCCAUCAAAAGCUGCUGGAUGCUGUAGAUGAUGAGUAUCUGACUCCUGAAAAUCCUGAAACUGGAGAAGAGAACAGUUAUGAAGAAACAGUAUCUUACCUGAAACAGACAGAAAAUUCCUCUUGCUCAAAUGUUGCUCAAGAAACUAGACAUUCUUUCAAGCCUGGGAAAAUGGACACUAUCAAGAAAACUAGAAUGCUCAGCACUGAAACAGAUGAUGAACUAGAGAGAAGAGUAUUCCAUAAUAAUGAAUCAUUGAAACAACAAGCAGCUGAAGAGAGAUUCAAGAUUGGUGAGGAUGGAGAUAUACUUGUGAAAGAAGGAAUGAAUGGAGAGAGUUCUGUUGGGAAGAACAUGCUUCAAAAGGGAACAGCACAAAGUUUCACAGAGCAGUUCCUAGAAAAAGACAGAAAUUUUUCAGAUGGGUAUGUGUGCCUGGAAGCUUUGAAAGACUAUGAAGAAGCAGCAGCUCUGGAUUCCAGACCAGCACAAGCUCUGGAAGAACUGUAUGAUGAUGUAGAAGGACUAGAGAGAGAGUUUCAAGCGUCUGAUAACUUCAGCCCAUUUGACAGUGAAAUUCCAGAUAAUACCUUUGAAGAAACAUAUGAGGAUGUUGAAAGUGAAGAUUAUAAAUCAACAAAAUCAGACAAUGACAAAGUAGAAAAACUAAAGAAAUUUGGAAAAUUUUUCAAGAAAGAAAAGUUUAAAAUGAAGACCACUCCACUGAAAGAGAAUAUCUGCAACCUCUCCAGUUCUGUGCCAAAUCUAGAUGUUAUGACCCAGGAGAAUAUGGUGUAUGAUGAUGUCAACGUGGAAGAAAAUGAUACAAAAGAGAAGAAUGAGAUGCAUAAAAACUGGAAGUUAAGAUUCCUCGUGCCAAAAGAAAAAGAUCAGAGGAGAAGCAGUGAAGAUACUGAUAUCCUGUCUUCCAGAAACUUAUUCAAAAUCAAGAAGUAUAAUGUUGGAAAGCAUAACAAGAUGACAAAAGAAGAAAAACUAUUUAGAGAGAGGUUUAUGUAUACAAAAGAAAUCACAGUAAUAAAUACUGCAGUUGCACACUGUUCAAAUACUUUAACCAAAAGAAAACUUGACUUACGGAUAACGGCUGGAGAACAACUUGAAGUUAUUGAUAUUGCUGAAGGGAACCAGUUAAUUUGUCGGAAUUCUGAAGGCAUGUAUGGAUAUGUGCUAUUAGAACACUUGAAUUUCAGUCAUUAAUGUUGUGAGAUGUGCUUCAGGCAUACGUCUACAUAUGACUUCAUAGGAAACAAACGCUGAAAAUAAGCAACAGUAAGAAGCUUCUUAGUGUGCAAUAGGACGGAGUGGAUCGCAUUUAUGUUGCUACUAAAUGCUAUAUGAAAUUUGAAUUUUUCAGUAGCUCAAUAGUCUCUUGCUUGAAUGACUGUUUACCAUGAAAUUGAGCUCAAGUGCUUCAAAUUUGUGCUACAUUAUAUGCAACCUGAUGGCUAGGAUUUAAUUCCCCACAUACCCAGCUAAAGCAACUUUGAAUGCACUGAAGACUCAACCAGAAGCUUUUGCCAGCUGCAGCUUUUUUUGUAUGUCAUGCUGUACUGGAUGGUCCCCUGAACUUUUUUGGAUUUGGGUGGGUGAUAUCAUGAGGGGAAACCAGAAAAAUCACCAUGAAUUUGUAGGAACUAUCUUGCAGUUCUCUGUAUCAGUGCCUUAACUUUUAUGUGUAGAAGAAUUUGUUAAUGUAACACUGGAUAUUUAUACUCAUAUGUAUGUUAACUCUGCACAAAUGUACAUAUUAGAGGUGUUGUGGUAAAUUUGACACUCAUUUAAAAUGCAGGUAUAAAGAGAAUUAAUUAUGAAGUGACUUUUUAUAGUUUAUCAAGACAUUAGAGCUAAAUGUACAUUCUAAAUAUAAAUCAGCAGGUCAGCACUAUUCAAAGUAUUCUCCUGAUUUGCCUUUUUGUCAUGAAGGAUUUUUAAUGUAGUUCUGAUCAAUUUCAAAGGAGGUUAAUAGAGUGGGUCUAUUUCAUGGAAGUAGGCAACGGAAUGAUGUUCUCCAGACAUCAAGAUUUGUACCUCAGUUUUGGCACACGCAUAUCUUCCAGAGACCACACACAAUGAUGAUCUGAGCACUGUGGAAGUGUCAUGUCACCUCUUUAUCACUGAAAAAAAUGCAGUAAAACCAGUGCACUGGUGGUGGGGGAGGGGAAGAAGCCCAAGAAAGACCUAUUCCAAAGUUGUAUGAUGAUAAGCACAAAUAUCUGUUACAUUAACAGGAGCAAAUACUAAAGUUAGAAAAUAUUUCCUCAGGAAAAUUUUGUCUUAGGAAUGAUCCUCGUCAAAUAUAGCAUGGGAAAAAAUCAAUAAAAAGAACCGUGAACAAA